UAUAUAAAAGUAUUGCACGGCCAUUUUUGAGUUCGGAUUGUCGGAAACGUUAAACUAACGUGGAUCAGCCGUGCUCGACUUUAAACAGUGAAGUAUUAACGGCGUGAUUACCGUCAGCUGUGCGACAACAGACAUGCGUCUUUACCAAACCACGCGUUUAAAAUACAUCUGUGCUGGAAAUAUUACAGUGUGUAGAGCUACGGAAGUUAACAAGGCAGUGGGGGUUGGUUCAAGAUGCUUGUUUGGUGUUAAGUUUUCGUGCACAGCUGUAUCUAGACCGUAUUACUUGCCGAAUGGAAAAAUAAACACCUGGCAGCAGUGUAAAUCGCUGGUUUGCACGCCAACUACCGAUUAUAGCACACACCGGAAACAUUUCAGUCGUGUAUUUUCAUCCAAACACACAUAUGAGGACGCUUUUGGUCAGGCACGGGAUAAACCUGAAAAGUUUUGGAGUGAAGCGGCACGUGGUAUCAGCUGGUUUGAACAUUGGACCCAAACUUUGGAUAACACGGAUGCAGUGUUUCCAAAAUGGUUUGUUGGAGGAAAGCUAAACGUAUGUUAUAAUGCUGUGGAUCGGCAUGUGGAGAAUGGAAGAGGUGAUCAGGCAGCUGUCAUCUAUGACAGUCCCGUUACCGGCACUAAACAGAUCAUCACAUACAGAGAAAUGCAAGAUCAGGUGUCCAGGUUGGCGGGUGUGCUGGUGAGGCAUGGUGUAAAGAUGGGGGAUCUGGUGGUGAUCUAUAUGCCCAUGGUGCCUCAGGCCAUGUUCACCAUGCUGGCAUGUGCCCGUAUUGGUGCCACCCACAGCCUCAUCUUUGGGGGAUUUGCCUCUAAAGAGCUUUCCAUCCGUAUUGACCAUGCUAAGCCCAAGUUGCUGGUGACUGCAUCAUUUGGCAUCGAGCCGGGCAGGAGAGUGGAGUACAUUCCCCUGGUGGACAAAGCUCUGGAGCUUAGCAGCCACAAACCACACAAAGUCCUCAUCUACAGCCGUCCCUGCAUGGAAAAGGUGUCCAUGCAUCCUGACCUAAGUCUGGACUGGGAGGAGGAAAUGGCUACUGCUCUCCCUCAUGAUUGUGUCCCCGUCCCCGCUCAUCACCCGCUUUAUGUCCUCUACACCUCUGGCACCACUGGCACUCCUAAGGGUGUAGUCCGAGAUACGGGCGGAUAUGCCGUGAUGUUAAACUGGACCAUGUCUAAUAUUUACGGACUGGCUCCUGGUGAGGUUUGGUGGGCUGCAUCUGACCUCGGAUGGGUGGUGGGCCACUCGUAUAUCUGCUAUGCUCCCCUUCUACACGGCAACUCCACCGUGCUUUACGAGGGUAAACCGGUGGGGACUCCGGACCCCGGGGCAUUUUUCCGUGUGAUGUCGGAGCACGGCACAACUUCCAUGUUUACAGCUCCCACUGCUAUCAGAGCCAUUCGCCAGCAAGACCCUCAGGCAGAACACAGGAAACGGUACCAGCUCAGUAGGUUGAGGAGUUUGUUUGUUGCAGGAGAGCGCUGUGAUAUAGAGACCCUUGAAUGGGCCAAGAGGAGUUUUGGAGUGCCAGUGCUGGAUCACUGGUGGCAAACUGAAAGUGGCUCGGCCAUCACUGCCUCGUGUAUCGGUCUUGGUUGCUCACUCACUCCUCCUGCUGGUACAGCAGGAAAACCCAUACCCGGAUACAAUGUGACAGUGAUUGAUGACGAAAUGCAGCCGGUGAAACCAAGGACUCUGGGUAAUAUUGUUGUAAAGCUUCCUCUUCCUCCUGGAGCUGCUCUCAGUCUCUGGCAGAAUCAGAAGCUUUUUAAGGAGCUGUACUUCACCAAGUUCCCUGGCUACUAUGACACCAUGGACGCAGGUUUUGUGGAUGAGGAGGGCUUCUUGUACAUCAUGUCACGGUCUGAUGAUGUCAUCAAUGUCGCCGGUCACAGGUUAUCCACUGGUGCCCUUGAAGAGUCUGUCCUGCAGCACCCUUCAGUAGUGGACUGUGCAGUGGUGGGACUGGAGGACUCCCUAAAGGGACACAUUCCUCUGGCAUUAUGUGUGCUCAGAAACAACUGUCAGAAGAGUGAAGAUGUGUUGGUGAAGGAGAUCGUGAGUUUGGUACGGGAAACCAUCGGGCCGGUGGCGGCUUUCAGGAAGGUGCUCUUUGUCAAAGUUCUUCCCAAAACCCGCUCAGGAAAAAUUCCACGAUCAUCUCUUGCUAACCUGGUCAACUCUAGGCCUUAUAAGAUCACUCCCACCAUUGAAGAUCCUGAGGUCUUUAAGGACAUUGAGAAGAUGGUGAGAGAAACACUUAAAAGACCUGGUAAAUAAUUCACCAUGAGAUGUAGACAAAUGCACGCAUGCAGAGCCAGGUUUCCCUCCAACAUCUGACAUUGUCAAACUGUGAAACUCAUUAUGCGUAAAGAAUCUAAUCAUGGUAUCCAAUAGGAAGUAUGGCAGUAAUGAUACUUACAAUAGAACAGAAUAAUCUCAAUGGCUUGGCUUUGUAUUAGUUGGACCAAAUAUAACUACCUGUUGACUUAAAGGAAAAAUCUUGAGAUAACCCUCUUUGGAUGAGUAUGAAAGUGUGAAUAUCACAAAAAUGUUAUAUUUUACCCCAGAAUUAAAUAUAUUAUCUAACUUUAGGGCCAUAAAGAUUUGUUCACAUUUUUAAAAAAAAAUCUCAUUACCAUUCUCAUGGUGUUCAGGUGUUUUUUUUUAAUACAAAUAUUUAAAUAAGACUUUUUUUUCCCCCCAAAAAACUAUCAUGUCAAUUAUCAUGAAAAUAAUGGUCCUGAAAGUAGGCUUAUUUUUGAUUUUCCAUUUUAAAUUUUGGGAUAAGACAUGUUUUUGGUAGGGUUCGUGAAAUUCACCCAAAUAUGUGUUUUCUUUGCAACCCAAGAACAUUCUUUAUAAAGCUGUCAACUUGAAGAAAUUUUGUAAAACAUUUUUGACAAUGAUUUUUAUAAACAAAACCUAUUAAACUGUACUUUUUUUAUUGACAA